GCGCACAGCGUGACCGAACACCUUUUCCGCGAACAUUAAACGGCCUUUCUUCCUGUGUUUACCUCUCCGUGUUCAGCUGUUGUUUCUUCGUCUAAUGGCGGUUUUUCAAAUGUUUUCGGUUAUUUUAGUCACUGCUGUUUGUUUUGGUGUAAGUGUUGCCAAUUUAAAUGGGUCUGGGAUUGAUUUCGACUCGUUCAGGAAGAAGUUUCACCGUUUGUAUGAAGUCAACAGUGAGGAAUUUAGCCGUCGUCAAAUCAAUUUUCAGAAUGCUGCAGUGCGACAUCUAUACCUGAACUCAUUUUCUGGGCAGACACAGUCUGCUACAUAUGGCAUUAACCAGUUCUCUGACCUUUCACAGAUUGAAUUUAAGGAUGUUUACCUUCGAGCAGAAAGCAGCAGUGCUCCUGGCUUCGUUGGAUCGACCAGAGCGGGGCUCCCGGCCAAAUUUGACUGGAGGGAUAAGGGAGUGGUGGCACCGGUCCAGAACCAAUUAGCGUGUGGGAGUUGCUGGGCGUUUAGCACAGUCGGUGCUAUACAGGCCGUUCAUGCUAUGGGAGGCUCUCAGCUGGAGCAGCUCAGUGUGCAGCAAGUUGUAGACUGCUCCUAUAAAAAUGAGGGCUGCAGUGGAGGCUCGCCCUCCCACGCUCUCGCUUGGUUAAAACAGACCAGAGUGAAGCUGGUGAGUCACUCAGACUAUCCAUACAAGGCCAAAACCGGAAUAUGCCAUUUUUUCUCCCCAUCACAUGAGGGUGUUACUGUGAGGAACUUUUCCCUGCAUAGCUUCAGUGGUCAAGAGGAGGCGAUGAUGGGUCAGCUGGUGCAGUUUGGUCCUUUGGCUGCCAUCGUGGAUGCUGUCAGUUGGCAGGAUUACCUGGGAGGCAUUAUCCAGCACCACUGCUCCAGCCAGUGGUCCAACCAUGCUGUCCUGGUUGUUGGAUACGACACGACUGGACAAAUACCUUACUGGAUUGUACAGAACUCCUGGGGAACGACAUGGGGAGAUCAGGGUUACGUUUAUGUAAAAAUCGGUAGCAACAUCUGUGGUAUCGCAGAUUCUGUGGCAGCUGUUUUUCUUUGAUGACAGUUUAUAUUUGAGUCAGAUGGGUUUGUGUGAGUCACUGCAUGCGGCUGCUUCCCGUUGCCAAAAUGAAAUAAGUCAUCUGCUCGUCUUCAGUGUCACUGUGGAUAAUGCUUUUAUUGAAAUGUAGCCAUCUUGUGUCACAAAAACAAAUAAAUCUCCUCGUAUGUUUGCAACUGUUGGAUUAUAACAACAAACUGCGACACAAUAAAAGUAUUUUCACUAU